GGCAGCGGCAGCUCGGCAGGCCGGGCGGGGACGAGAUCCCGGGAGCAGAGCAGCGGGCACCGCGCCUGGAGAGGGGCCAGCACCAUGAGCAGCAAAUGCGACGUGGUCGUGGUGGGGGGCGGCAUCUCAGGUAUGGCAGCAGCCAAACUUCUGCAUGAUUCUGGCCUGAAUGUAGUUGUUCUGGAAGCCCGGGACCGUGUGGGAGGCAGGACGUACACCAUUCGGAACCAAAUGGUUAAAUAUGUGGACCUUGGUGGAUCCUAUGUUGGGCCAACCCAGAAUCGUAUCUUAAGAUUAGCCAAGGAGCUAGGAAUAGAGACCUACAAAGUGAAUGAAGUGGAGUGUCUGAUCCACCAUACAAAGGGCAAAUCAUACAAAUUCAGGGGCCCAUUACCACCCAUGUGGAAUCCAAUUACCUACCUAGACCAUAACAACCUUUGGCGGACAAUUGAUGACAUGGGACAAGAGAUUCCCAGUGAUGCUCCAUGGAAGGCACCCCUUGCCGAAGAGUGGGACCACAUGACAAUGAAGGAGCUGCUAGACAAGAUCUGCUGGACUGAAUCUGCAAAGAAGCUCGCUACUCUCUUUGUGAACCUGUGUGUCACUGCAGAGACCCAUGAGGUCUCUGCUCUGUGGUUCCUAUGGUAUGUGAAGCAGUGUGGAGGCACAGUCAGGAUCAUCUCAACAACCAAUGGAGGGCAGGAGAGGAAAUUUGUGGGUGGAUCUGGUCAAGUGUGUGAGCGCAUAAUGGACCUCCUUGGGGAUCAAGUGAAGCUGGAGAGGCCUGUGACUCACAUUGACCAAACAGGAGAAAAUAUCCUUGUGGAGACCCUAAAUCAUGAGGUGUAUGAGGCUAAGUAUGUGAUUAGUGCUAUUCCUCCUACUCUGGGCAUGAAGAUUCAUUUCAAUCCUCCUCUGCCAAUGAUGAGAAACCAGCUGAUCACUCGUGUGCCUUUGGGUUCAGUCAUCAAGUGUAUCGUUUAUUAUAAAGAGCCCUUUUGGAGGAAAAAGAAUUAUUGUGGAACCAUGGUUAUUGAAGGAGAGGAAGCUCCAGUUGCAUACACGCUGGAUGAUACCAAACCUGAUGGCAACUAUGCUGCCAUAAUGGGAUUUAUCCUUGCCCACAAAACCGUAAAACUGGCACGUCUUACCAAAGAAGAAAGGUUGAAUAAGCUUUGUGAGCUCUAUGCAAAAGUUCUGGGAUCCCAAGAAGCUUUGCAGCCGGUGCACUAUGAAGAGAAGAACUGGUGUGAGGAUCAGUACUCAGGAGGCUGCUACACGACCUACUUCCCCCCGGGGAUCAUGACUCAAUAUGGAAGGGUACUCCGCCAGCCGGUGGGCAGGAUUUAUUUUGCAGGCACCGAGACUGCUACACACUGGAGUGGUUACAUGGAGGGGGCUGUGGAGGCUGGCGAGAGAGCAGCCCGAGAGAUCCUGCAUGCCAUGAGGAAGAUUCCAGAGGAUGAAAUCUGGCAGUCUGAACCAGAGUUUGUGGAUGUUCCUGUGCAGCCCAUUCACACGACCUUCUUGGAGAGACAUUUGCCCUCCGUGCCAGGCCUGCUGAGGCUGAUUGGAUUGACUACCAUCUUGUCAGCAACUGCUCUUGGCUUCCUGGCCCAUAAAAGGGGGCUACUUGUGCGGCUCUAAAGAGGAGGCAUCUGUAACCAUAUCUUCUUUACUUUACUUGGUGUGUGGGUUUGGGGAUGGGGUUGAAAUAAAGUUUCAUGAAGACAUACAGACUCUAGUGUGAGGCGAGGAGCAACACAAGUCAGACUACAGAUCAUAGGAAACAGUAUCUCCUCCUCUAUUUGGUCCCUGCGUAUUGUCCCCUGCUAGGCUUAGCACUCUGUCUUGCCCUUUUACAAAUUUAUUGCCCCCAGAAAUGUCACAGUAGUUAACCAGUCUUGUUCAAGGUCCUUGUUGCCCCACAACACACAUUGCCCAUGCACA